CUUCUUUCUUCCACCAAGUUUUGACCGUUGCUUUUCUCAACGUCUCUUUCUCUCUCUCUCUCUCUCUCUCUCUCUGAUCAAGUAGCUCACUUCCAUUCCCGCCUGCAAUUCUUCACAGCCUUGUUAAAAUCCUUAUGAGUCAAGUGCUUUACACAAGAGUGUACUCGUGGAACUUGCAUUUUGAUUCAAGCUUGAAAAAUUCGUAAGGGAAAUUGAAAAGAAACUGUAAAGAAAUGGGAUGUUCUACUUCAAAAUUGGAUGAUGAGGAGGCCGUUCAGCUUUGCAAAGAUAGAAAAGGUUUCAUAAAACAGGCAUUGGAGCAAAGAGCUAAGUUUGCAUCCGGGCAUAUCGCUUAUAUUCAAUCAUUGAAAAGAGUUUCUGCAGCUCUUCGUGAUUAUAUCGAAGGUGAUGAGCAGCCUCAUGAUUUCUUGUUAGAUUCAUUCAUAUCACCACCCUUUACACCUGUAAAGAAAGCAAGUCCUGGUUUUAUCUCAAUUGCACCUAAGCCCUCACCACCACAAAUCCAGUCUGAACCGAAAGCAGCCAUGAAAAUUCAUUACCUAAGAUCAGGUGGAAAUAACCCAGGUAUUCUUUUUGAGGAGAGGCCUCAAUCACCCGAAACAGUGAGAAUUGAAACCUAUUCUUCACUUAACCAUUUUGGCAUGGAUGGUUUUUUUGCAAUGCAAUCCUCACCAAUGAACACUUCAAUUUUCUCUUACUCCCCUAAUAACAGACAUAGUAUCCCCCCUUCUCCUCCUCAAACUUCACAGUGGGAUUUCUUUUGGAACCCAUUUUCGUCCCUGGACUACUAUGGAUACCAUACUCGAGAUAGUCUCGAUCAGGCUGUUAUGGAUGAUGACAUCCAAGGCCUAAGGCAGGUUCGAGAGGAAGAAGGAAUUCCCGAUUUAGAAGAAGAUGAAACUGAAGAGGACAAAGAAGAAGAUGAAGAAGAAGAAGAAGAAGAAGAAGAAGAAAAAGAAGAAGAAUUACCAAGUAACAUAAAUAAAAGUGAAGAAAGGUCUAAAACUGAUACUAAGUGCUGUCAAGAAGAAGUUAUUGUUGAAGAUGUUGAUGAAGAUGAGGAGGAAGAUAAUGGAACUGAUAGUGGAAGUGAACUGGAGCAUGAUGCUCAAGGUUUGCAAUCCCAAGGUAGAGCGAGCAUUGAAUUGUCACGAGCACAAACUGCACCCAGACAACUUGAAGUCAGAAAUCAAGAAAUGACAGUUGGGGAUCAAGAUGCCAAGGAAGAAACACUAGGCUUCACCGUGUAUGUCAACCGGAGGCCAACAAGCAUGGCAGAAGUUAUUAAGGAUCUUGAAACUCAGUUCGUGAUCAUUUGCAAUGCUGCCAAUGAAGUCUCAUCACUAUUAGAGGCUAGCAGAGCUCAGCUUUCAUCAACCUCUAGUGAGCUUACAGCCAUGAAAAUGUUGAAUCCGGUUGCUUUGAUCCGUUCAGCUUCAUCUCGAUCAUCCUCGUCAAGGUUUCUAAUAAAUUCUUCCAAUUCCAAAGAAGGUGGUUAUGAAAGCAGUAGUGACAUCUCGGAGGAGACUUGCAUGUUAUCUGGUAGCCAUCAAUCAACACUUGACAGGCUAUAUGCUUGGGAGAAGAAACUAUAUCAGGAAGUCAGGUCAGGAGAAAAAGUUCAUAUUGCAUAUGAGAAGAAACACAAGCAACUACGAAGCCAAGAUGUCAAAGGAGAGGAUCCAACUUCUAUGGACAAGACAAGGAUGGCGAUUAGAGAUCUGCAUACCCAGAUAAAGGUGUCCAUGCACACAGUCGAAGCUAUUUCGAAGAGGAUUGAAACUUUAAGGGAUGAAGAAUUGCAGCCUCAACUUCUAGAACUCAUACAAGGGUUAGCUAGGAUGUGGAAAGUAAUGGCAGAGUGUCAUCAAACACAGAAGCGGACCUUGGAUGAAGCAAAGCUUUUACUAGCAGGCACACCUUCAAAGUUGGAUAUUAAAAGGAAAUACUCAAUGCCAAUUACCGAACCUCAUCAUUUAGCACGGUCAGCAGCCAAUCUUGAAAAAGAGCUUAGGAACUGGCGAGCCUGCUUUGAAUCAUGGGUCAGUUCUCAGCAAUCCUAUGUGCAAGCACUUACUGGAUGGCUCCUUCGUUGUGUGAGAUCCGAUUCUGAUGCAUCAAAACCUCCAUUUUCUCCACAUAGAUCUAGUGGAACACUUCCAAUAUUUGGACUUUUUAUUCAGUGGUCAAGGUUCCUUGAUAAUGUCCAUGAAAAACCAGUGCUGGAUGGACUAGAUUUCUUUGCAGCUGGAAUGGGAUCUCUGUGUUUACAACAGCUGAAGGAUGAGACUCAGCGGGUCCCAAUAGGGUCUAAAAGGUAUGGGGAUGAAGUAAGUGGAAAUCUGGAACUGGUUGAGGUUGGAGAGGUUGGAGAUGUUAUGACUGUAGAGAAAAUGGCUGAAGUUGCUGUAAGAGUACUAUGUGCUGGAAUGUCUGUUGCAACAAGCUCACUAAGCGAGUUUGCCUUAGCUUCUGCUGAUGGAUACGCAGAGCUUGUUAAGAAGUGGGAGAAUGCUAAGUGGCCACAUAACUCUUGUGGGAACAGAUGAGAAAAUAUUACAUGUUCCGGGAGCAUGAUUGACAUAGUUUACCUUUCAAUUCCAUUGGAUCGUCUCAGCAUUUUGGCAAAACAUGUCGGGUUUCUUGUCAGAAAACCACCAAUGAUUUUCCAGAAAAAGAACUGAGGUGAGUCAAUAAAAUUUUUAAGGUGACUGUGAUCCGGAUUGUGUGAUAAUUUCUCUGAGACGAAGACCGAAGACAUCAUAACCUAGGCUUUCUUUUCUUGGUUGGGUUGGAAGGUAUAAUUAUAUGGAUAAUAGAGGUGCCACUGUAAUCACGAGUACAUCUUACCAUGACAAGAUAGUUUAGAGGUAUAAUUAUAUCCAGGUCAUGCUUGUAUUGUAGUUUGCUUCACUGGUAUUAGCAAGAUGACCAAGCUGGAUACAGGAGACUUUCAAAUUGUAAAAAAUACAGGAAUUAGGGAAUGUAGUAAUUGCUGAGUUGCA